GACUGAAAUCCAUACGGAAUCCGUGUGUCAGUCGUUAUCUGAACGUCGGGAACUGUGGAUUUGUCCGCCCCACCGUGGAGCCUCGCGAUCUGAAACUACCAUUUACCGGAGCCAAACGGAAGUGCCAUAUCUCCGUAUAUUCCUAUGGAACUCCGCCAUCUGGCACUGGAAAUCAAAACAAACAAAUCAUUGCACAAACAAGCGCUAAAGCAUCGCACAUACAGAUAUAUACUCCGGAGAUAUAUACUCGGAUGUGCGUGAGUGGAUUGGUGGGUGUGUUUUUCUUGCCUCCUGGCACCGCGUCAAAAGUCGCGCGCGGAUUCUGCGGCGGAUUAAUGGCCGCGGUAAUUGGUUAAAGCUAAGAAUUUAAUAACCAUUAAUCAUUGAGUGUGUGAACAAAUUGGCAAAAGAUCAAAGGAAAAAUAAUAAAGAAUAUUAUACAAAAAAAUGAAUGAUUUGUGCUGAUUAGUUAUGAAGUGCUAGUAUUUUGAAAUACAAUUGAAUACGACAAUAAAAAAAAGAUAAAUAAUAAAUAAAUUGACGUCGCGGUAUAUUGAAGCCCAAUAAAUUACAAUAAAAAAUAAACACAUUAAAAUAAAAAAAAUCUUAAUACUUGAAUAUAAGUAUUAUAUAUGUAUAAGUAAAGGAAUCUCACACAACGCAUAAAUAAAGCUAUAAAUGCAAUGGUAUAAUAAACAAAGACCCCGAGUAAUAUUUUAAUGACAUAUAAAAAUUAACAUCCAGUAAAACAUUUUUUACGAGAACAAUUAAAAUUCCAUUUACAAAAAUAAAAGACUUAAUUCCAACUCUGAACAAUUAAUAUUCCAUUUUAAGCCGGUAAUAACGAAUUAUUUUAACUUUCAACAAGUGUCAAAACAAAAAGUGGCAAUAUUAAUUGCGGAUUGUGGGACAAAGGGAAAUGAUUUAAACAAAACAAACGACAAAGGCAAGUGCCAACAAACGCGUGUGAAAAAUAUCGAUACAAAGAGCAGAGUAUUUCCAGCAAAAAGGCCAACAUAAAACAAUAAAAUCCCCGCGGCGAAACGCAACGAACUUCGAAAUGCAUUGGCUAGUUCUGAUCCUAGUGCCCCUCGUUUGGGCCAACAGCAGUGAUCUAAAGGGAGCACCUGUGAUGACCACAGUAGCACCCACUGGGGGUCAUCGAAGUCCCCAUCAACAGCAGAGAUUGCAGCAAUUGCAGGAGGCGCAGCAACUGGAGGCCCAUCAGCAGCACCAUCAUCAUUUGCGGCACGAACAGCAUCUGCGGGCCGAGCUGGAGGGGAACCAUCAGCCGCCGAUCGAGGAUCUCGAGAAGAAGGCCUUCCUCGAUCCCCAAUUGCCCAUGCAGCAGCACCACUUGCGUCAUCACAAUCGUCAUCAUGCGAGCUGGGAGCAGCGGGUGUUUCCCUCGCUGCGUCAUCAGCAGCACCGAUUGUCCAUUGGACCGAGCACGGCCAAGAACCUAAUGACCACCGAAGCACCCACAACCAUGCACCAUGGCCUGAUCUCCAAUCACAGUCGCUAUUUCGACAGGGACGGCAUCUUUCCAUCCUGGGCUGAGCCCCGAACCACCAGAGGACCCAACUGGCGACAGGAGGUGGACUCGAGUGAUUCCGACGAGGACAGCGAUGAGGACGACGAAGAUGACUACGAUGAGUAUGAUGAGGACUCCGAUAACUCGAAUGGCGUUGACGAGGAACUGGCCCGACAAAUGCCCAGAUACUCACUGUUCACCCAGAAGUUGCCACACAUCGAUUUGAAGGAACCCGAUUACAAUGCCUACGACCAGUCGGAUGAACUGGACAUAGUUUCGAGUAGUAAUCACAACAGCAACAAGUAUCCCAGCGUGGCCAAUCCGCACGACAAGUCCGCUGGCAAGCGCAAUAUAUUCGAUUGGCUGUUCAAACAUGAUAGGGAAAAAGAGGCUGUUAAGAAGCCACACAUCACAACUACUUCAACGACCACAACAACCUCAACAACCACCACAGUAAAGCCCACAAUAAUGCGCACCGAAAGGCCAAAACUGCAAUUGAUUGAUGCGAAUCUAAAGAAUGGCGGUGGCGAAGAGGACUACUCCAAUGAGGAUUCGGACUCCGAGUCGGAGGAGGGCUUUUCCAACGAACAGUGGAACAAAAUCGAGCACGAACACCAUCUCAGGCAGCAGAAACACCAGAAGGAACUGCUGGCGAUGCGCGAGAAGAGCCGGAAUACCCCUCUCAUAAGGAACAUUGAGAAUGAGGUAAGUGCUGCAAAGACAUUAGAAGACAACGAUGGCCAUGAUGUGGAGAACAUUUACGCACGCAAUUAUGUUGCGGGGAAAGUUGGCCAGAAGAAGGAGGACCAGUUGGGAACCCCCGAAGCGGUGAUCAAAGCGAGACGCCUCCAUGCUCAGAAGCAGAAGAGUGAGCGAGCUCUAGCCCACGCCCACAUGAACCAAGUGCUGAAGGAGGCCACUUGCCGCAUCCCCCAGAAACGCUGUCAGCUGGUCCAGCAGGAUCCUUCCAAGAUCUACACGCCACACUGCACCAUCCUGCACCGCUGCAGCGAGGACAGUGGUUGUUGCCCCAGCAGAAGCCAAAUUUGUGCCGCCAAGAGCACCCACAACGUUGAGCUGCACUUCUUCGUGAAGAGCAGCAAGCAUCGCAGCGUAAUCGAGAAGCGAACCUUUGUGAACCACACGGAGUGCCACUGCAUCGAGCGAUCGACCUACAACGAGGAGACGGCCAUGGCCCACUACGGGCAGUCGGUGGUGCGGGCCACCAUACUGAGUUGCACCUGUCCGAAGAGCUUCGAGAAGAUCCUGCAGGACGACGGGCAGUGCAGGUGCGACUGCAGCUCCGGCAACUACGACUGCGACUGGCUGAAGCGGGGCAACGAGCACUUUGCCAUGAACGAUCGCAAGUGCAUACAGCAAGGUCGCUGCAAGCCGCCCACGUGUGAGUUUGGACUCUACAUGGACAAACACGGUCGCUGUCCCAAACAACACGAACAACCAUCCUACAAUGCCAUGUCAUAAGCGGGAGGAUUCCCAACGAGAAGCCAGGAAAAGUAUUAUUCGGUCUGAGGAAAACUCAAAUCCAGACAAGGAGGAAAAUCCAUAGGGAUUAUUCCCCUCUGACAAGAGUAAAGGCGAAAUGAGAGACGUGAAUUUAGUUGCAUAUCCUAUACAAAACAAUACGAAAGUAAAACGAUGGGUCGAUUAGCAAGAAGCAAACGUACUAAAAUACGGAAAACACUUUAAAGCAUUUCUAGGAGUUUUCCCUCCUUCAAAUCUGUAAUGUCUAGAACAGAAUGGUUGGAACAAAUAAAUCUAUACAUGGGUUGGGUCGGAAAACAACCAAAAUGAACAUUCGACAGCAAGCAGAAAAAAGUAACGUUUUCUACACGUUUAAAUCAAAAUUAAAGUUGAAAAAACUUUUACUAAGGAAAGUAUAAAAAAGAUUAUGCAUUUUCUACUUCAAAAAUCGACCCAGCCCAAGCUAAAGAUACAAAUAAGUAUUUCAGCUGAUUGUGUAGUAGAUUUAUUAGGACUACAAUCCGAAGAGCCAUUAAUCUGUAUCUUAGCAAAUGGAAAUAAGACUUUUUUGCGCAUGUUUUAC